GAUUAGCCGAAUAUUGCAUAAGCGCGCAAACACCGCGACGCGCUUACGGCUGGAGCCGAACAUUCACUCUCUGAAGACCGACCGGCCGAUUCCAAACCAUCGCGAUCUAGAUUUCUUUUGAUCUCCUCCACUGCUUCCAGUUCACAGAUACCGCUCGCCGGAUCCCAGCUAUUCAGUGCAUUCUCUGGUGGUCUGGGUCUUUCUGUUUCUGUCCUUCUUAUGCUCUAAACCCUCUUCUGUCUGAAGCAGUCCCGUCAUUUCGUCCUUCUGUUGAAUUUCCCCGUGUCGUCGGGUGCCGGCAGAUCUAAUUCACAAUGUCAUUCAACGGCGACAUAAUUGAUGACUCUGACGAAAUGGAGACCGAUACCUGCCGGAUCUGUCGCGGCGAAGGCACCGCCGAAGAGCCGCUCUAUCAUCCUUGCAAAUGCAGCGGGAGUAUUAAAUACGUGCAUCAAGAAUGUCUUCAAGAAUGGCUCCAGCACUCCCAGCGCAAACCAACCUGCGAACUCUGCAAAACCCCAUUCAAAUUCACAAAGCUAUACGCUCCAGACAUGCCGACAAGAAUCCCAUUCUUCCUCCUCGCAGAAAAACUGCUCGACCGCAUCCGCUCCUGGAUAUUCCUCUACCAAAGACUCAUCCUUGUCGCCUUCGUCUGGAUCAUCUGGCUUCCACUUAGCACUCGCUACGCCGUCCGCGUGUAUUUCUGGUUGUCUGACGAGAUGUUUGAGACUAAUAACAACACUCUCGCAGAAACUAUCUUUCUCGGUGGUGGAUUGCCUGUUGAUCCGGCCGCGGCAAAUGCCACCGUCGUCGUUCCCGAACCCGCGGCGCCGUCGCUGGGGUACACAAUCAAGCACAUGAUCUUUGGCGAUCUGGUAUCCGAUCCCCUCAUCGAGAAAUUACUGGACGACACUUUCGAAGGCCAAGUAAUCACAGGUCUCGUCAUCUUCGUCGUCGCGCUCGUCUUCCUGAUCCGCGAAUGGGUCCUCCAAAACGCCGCCUGGAACGUAAACCUCCCCGACCCCGUCAGAGCCGUGCCCGUCGUGGACGAACGACCGCUAGGCGAGCAGGUAAUGGAGAACAUCCAACCAGGCCUCCUGGACGCUCCCAGACGUGAUCGAGAACCCGCCAACGAUGCCGCGGUUGCGCUUCGACAAGACGCGCCUGGCGAUCAAGACGCGGGAGGUGCUGGUCAUGAAGCGGGGGUCAUCGAUCUUGUUGAAGAAGAGAGAGAUAGACUUGAGUUUGCAGCACGAGCAAGACAGUUGGUAGUAGAGCACUUUGCAGAUGCUGGACCUGACCGUCCAAACCUGGUUGAUUUACUUGCUCAACACCACCGCGAGCACCAAUUGGAGAUUCUCCGACGGCAGCAGAAUAACGAGGGCGAGUUACGUCAAAGACACAACCUCAACGAUGCAAACAGAGCACCGAUAGAUGUUGAGGAUGGACAAGAAGAGCAGCAGCCGGCUGUUGAAGUUAAUGCUGCGGAUGCACAGAUGCGGUUAGGCCAACUCAACCUAGACGAACUUAUGAAUGAUAUAGCACAACCGAUAGAACCUGAGCCGGAGGAGGAACCUGAGCAGGAGCCAGAAGCGAAUGUUGAGGAGCCUGGAUUAUGGGAGACUGUUGGGGCAUGGCUUCAGGAGUAUAUCAUAGGCGGUGAUAACCAAGCGGACGCAGAGCGACUGGCCGGUGCGAUCGACGUUGUCGACAACUUUGAUGCGAUGAUGGAACCUGCUGCGCGGCGGCUGGAGGAUGAAGAAGCCGUUGAAGACCGAGACGGCGAAGGCGACGACGACGGCGACGAUUUCGACGGCGUGCUCGAGUUCAUCGGCGUGCGCGGCCCACUCUCGACGCUCUUCCAGAACGGCAGUUUCGCGACCGUCAUGAUGACUGGUACGCUCGCGCUCGCGCUCUGGGUUCCGUAUCUGAUUGGCAAAUUCGUGCUCAUGGUUAUGUCGCACCCCGUGACUUUCUUUGGUGUGCUUCCGAUCCGCGUGAUGGCGUUCAUAGCAAACCAGGGCGUCGACAUCUUCAUCGUCGUGCUCAUGUACGGAGUCUUUGGCGUCAGACUGUACAUCGAGAUAUCCGAGCAGCUGACAAACAUAACGACCACCAAAUACUUUCCCUGGCUCGCUUUCUGGCUUAAGGACGAGGCCGAUAUGCGCGUGAUUAGCGAGAGCUGGGCGCGUAUCGUCGAGCGGCAGAACGACGCUACAGCACUCUUGGGCGGCUCGGGUAUGAAUGACAUCAAACUGGUCCUCAUGAACCCGGCGUGGCUCAAGUACAUCCACGGCGGCGUUGUGCCGGAUCAUACCACUGCUAUUGAUCGCGUGGUGGCCGUGUUUGCUGGGUACCUGUUUCUGAUUGUCCUAGGCGCGCUAUAUCUCUCACGAUGGUCAAAGAAGAAAGGCAAUCGUCGGAUGAGCAUGGCGCUCGAGCGGGUGAUUGUUGAAGUUCUAGGACAGGCGGGUGCGAUUUUGAAGGUGAUUGUCAUCAUCGCGAUCGAGCUCGUUGUCUUCCCUCUCUUUUGCGGUAUUCUCCUCGACGUUGCGUUGCUGCCGCUGUUUGACGGAGCUUCGAUUGCUUCGAGGUGGGAGUUUACUCUCAAUCAUCCGUUUGUCAGCGUCUUUUUGCAUUGGUUCGCAGGCACUUGCUACAUGUUUCACUUUGCGCUCUUUGUCUCAAUGUGCCGAGAAAUCGUCCGUCCAGGGCUUUUAUUCUUCAUCCGCGACCCCAACGAUCCAAACUUCCAUCCGAUCCGCGACGUGCUCGACCGACCUGUGCUGAUGCAACUUCGCAAGAUCAUCAUCUCCGCGUUCAUCUACUGCAGCUUAAUCUGCAUCUGUCUCGGCGGCGUCGUCUACGGCUUGCGCUGCGUCGUCGGCGGCGGCAUUCUCCCAAUCCACUGGGCGUGGAACGGCACCAUGGGCGAAGCUCCGAUCGAACUGCUUAUGUACCAGGUGUUUAUGGCGUACCUGCUCAAGUUCUUCAAGCCGUCGGGUGUAGUCGAGAAUUCGUGGGAAUUUUUUUUCCGCAAGGCCGCUUCAGUCCUGCGCUUGACUUCGUUCAUCCUCGGGCGCGAGGUGCCGCUCGAGCAGGGCAAGCUGAUAUUCCGGUCUCCGAUCGACUGGAUGCUGUCCUUCUUCCGCGAUCCGCAGGGCAUCGAGCCGAUUCGAAGCGCGGACGAAAUCAACGAGACGGCGUCGCAAGUUCUCUUCCUGCGGGACGGAGAGUUUGUGCGCGCGCCUAGUUCCGACAGCGUUCAUUUGCGAAAGGAGAGGCAUGAGUUUGUCGUCGUCAAUAAGGACAAUCGGCGACUUGACGGAAAGGAGGACACGCCUGAAGAUCUCAAGGAUACGACUGUCGUGUACACGCCGCCGCAUUUCCGAGUGCGGAUCGCGUGUUUGUUGGCGGGUAUUUGGAUGUAUGCGACCGCAUGCGGCCUUUUCGUCACACUCGGCCCGUUACUUCUCGGACGAGAGAUCUUCGAGGCCGUCACUGAUCCUGAGCGCCCCAUGAACGACGUGAUCAGCUUCACGUUCGGCGCGUACAUCUUUUGCGCGGCGUACAUGGUUGGCGAGUUUCUCGUCACGAACCGGGAGCACAUCAGACAGAAGUAUCUGAAGCUUGUGCAUAGCUUUAGUCAUCCUCAGGAGUUUAUCAGGAAGAUCAUUGGGAUCUAUAUCAGCGCCGGCAAAUUCGUUUACGUCUACGCUGCUCUAGGCUUUGUGAUCCCCUCCCUGCUCGGGCUCACGAUCGAGCUCUACAUCGUCAUCCCGCUCCAUCUUUACUACUCCGCCGAGCAGCCCAUCAUCCACGUAAUCCAGAGCUGGGCGCUAGGACUCCUCUACUGCCGCGGGAUCUACAAAAUAUCCUCCACGAUCCGGCCCAACUCGCGGCUCGAGACCGCGCUGGCGUCCACGUUUGCAAACGGAUACGCGAGGCCGAAUGCGCGGGUUGCGUCGAAUAAGAUUAUCAAGCCGGCCGUGUUGUUUUUCGGGGUGUUUUUGUUGGCUCCGGUGCUUAUUGUAUUCGCAGCACAGUUCGCACUCCGAACAGACGUAUCGCAAGACGUGCUGGUCGCCAGCUACAGACUUAUAUACCCCGCCAUCCUCCUUCUACUCCUUAUAAUCUUCUGCUACCGCGCCGUCCGACGAGUCUGCAGCUCGUGGAACACGCGGCUACGCGAUGAAGUCUACCUGGUCGGCAUGCAACUGCAUAACCACGCCGACGACUGAUCGGGCAUAUUACACAGCACAGCUACAUACAAUUACAGUUACAGUUUAUUAUUCUUACUACAGCACCACCCACCCGGUAACAGCAACAUUCUUACCCUGACGAUAACAUCGUGAUCAGUUUAUUGGUUUUCGGAUUUGUUUGAUAGUACAAUACAAUGUUACGACUCUUUG